AGAGAGAGAGACAGAGACAGAGAAUUCGUUUCUUUCCACCAUUUUGUUCGUAUUAGUCACAAAAGGAAAUCUUUUUUUUUGUUCGUUUUUUUUAAUAUCCAUUUUGCCCCAUCAGGAAAGAAUCGUAUCACUCACCCAUCUUUUUCCACGUAUAAAUAAAUACAACGCAUCACAAAAACAAAGCUGCACAACACAAACAGAUCAUAUCAAAUUAUCAAAGAAGAAGAAGAAGAGAGAAAACGAAAACCUGAGUGACCAUGGAGCAGCAGAAGAUGAUCAAUAUGGUAAUCAUAAACGACAACAAAAACAACAUGAACGACAACAAGAGCGCGGAGGACGGGUUUUUGGGUGUUCCGAUUAUUCACAGCCAAGUGAUGAAGAUCAAGCAAGAGAUAGAGAAGAUCAAACAUCCUUCUUUGCAACAACAAGAAAUGAGGCGCGUGCUGCUACGCGCCCACGCGCUGCCUCAGCGAUCGCGGUCGCCGCUGGGAUUGGUCGAUCAGAGAGAGAGAUCCAUCUCAGUUCACAACUGAUUUUCAGCUCUGAAAAUUGCGAUGUAUAUCAGUUUAGGAUCUCAAGGUUUUUUUUUUUUUUUUUUUUUUUUUUUU